AUGGAUGAGUUAGCUGUUUUGGUUGGAUGUAAACCACGAAUUUGCAAGUACACUUUUUGCGAUCCACGAUUUGCGAUGCGUCUUUUUGUUGGCCCAAACGUUCCAUAUGUGUAUCGACUGCAGGGAAAAGGUCGUUGGGAGGGUGCUAAAAACGCUAUCCGCAACGUUCCGAACCGUGUCAAGAUACCGAUGAAAAAUCGUAAUUGCUUCAUAGAACCGUACAAAGAAGACGGCAACAUUGAUCAUCGCUUCCGGUAUUCAGUGCUUAAAAUACUCGCGGUAAUCACUUGCAUACUGCUGAUGACCGCACUGUGGUCAUAUGUUUCAGCACCACGCGAAGCAUUGUGUUCCCCGAAGUACAAAUCUCCGCAUUAUGCCCGAUGCUCAAGUGUGCAUAUCUAUGGCGCAAUGUUGGCUAUCGCUAAAUUUGACUAUGUAGCGGUUGUGAUCAUGCUUUAUUGCUGCUCACAGUUCUAUGCUAUUUCGAGCGACGGUCUCAUAGAUGUGGAUUCAGAAGAAUACGAUGAAUAUUUCGAGCCAACUGAUGACUACGGUGAUGAGAAAAUGCUAUGGGGAAAGGAGCAGAAUCCACAGUGGUGUGAUGCACCGCUGAUGAAUAACACAUUACGUGAUCGUUUCUCGGUGCGUAAUUCGUUCGUUGAACCAAAUUCGAAAGGACAGUUUGUUACCGAAACAAUGAUUGAACUGCACUGCGGUGAGGGACGACGCUUGAAACUGAAUGAUUCUUUGAUUCAUCCGUUGCGUUCAGCAUACUUGCGUUGUACAUUUAACAAUAUCGCGUUGAGAGGUGAAUGGUUUUUGAUUGGCAUGAUGGACUACAUGGCAUCGUUCACGCCGGAAUGUACAUUUCGAAAUGCGACGAUUAUAAUCUGCGAUGCACCGCAGUUGAACCCGAACGAAAUCGCUAUUGACGAAUACAAGAAAGCAAGAUUCUAUAAGCAUAACGAAACGCUUAUAUUGCGAUGCGCUCAAGAAAGCGAUCGUCUACUACCGAAUGGUACUCACAAACUACGUUGUGAUCAAAGCGGAUGGAUUUACGAGGUGAACAACACUGAACUCAAAAACAAAUCCCCGAGAUGCAUACCACAUUCGACGUGCACUCUUCAGAAGAUUCCUUCAUAUUUGAACUAUGCGAUCAACGCAUCGAUAUGCAGUCAAACGAACGCAAACUGUCCUGAAGCUGACCAAGCACUCCCAAUUGGCUUUCAGAUAUCGCUGAGCUGCAAAUCGUCAACACUCCGUCUGAACGGUGCGUCUUUGGUCACUUGUAUGAAAUCACAAAUCGUUGAAGGCUCUGUUUGGUAUCCAACAAAAUGGCCCCUUUGUUCAAUGAAACAUGAACAAGAAAUUGAUGAAACACUUGUUUACGGCGUAUUGAUUAGUAUUACGCUGACCCUGCUGAUCAUACUCUGUUUUAUGAUCAAAUUGGUUCGAGAGCAAAAUCGAAAAUCCCAUCGAAACGCAUCCGGUCGUCCAUUAAGGGUUUAA